AGCUCUCCCGCUUUAAGGAAAACACAGAGAGAGAGAGAGAGAGAGAGAGAGAAUGGGAAAGUGCUGAAUGGGACAGAAACAAGCUGUGCAUGUCUUUGUGAGCUUUCCCAGGGUAACUCCCCUGAAUCGCCUGCUGGAGAAGAGCACCAGGAGAAUGGCACCACUCUGCUCAUGAGCACGGUCCCCCAAGAACAAUACAAGUGUCCUCUACAGCAUCUUGGAAAACCUGCUCAAGGGGACAAAGGGUUUCACCAUGGCAGAGCUUAUGGAGACGAAUGGCAGCUGCAUGGACUGGCAGAAACGGUGCCUUGCAUUGGAGACCCAGCUCUUCAAAUUCCGCCUGCAAGCUAGUAAGAUCCGAGAGCUGCUGGCUGAGAAGAUGCAGGAGCUGGAGCAAAGAGUGAUUGAAGCAGAACAGCGGGCUGAGAAUGCAGAGAAACAGGUCAGAGUUAUGGAAGAGGAGGCAAAACUGGCUAACAUGAAGACAAGUGAAUCUGAGAGCACUCUGUAUAGGAAAUACCAGGAGCUGGUAGGCACAGUGCAAGGAAAGGAUGAUCUGAUCAACAGACUGGAGACACAGCUGGAGAAACAGAAGCAGUUGAGAGCUCAGGAAGCUACAAUUGUCCAAGAAAAAGCUGCCAAGAUCAAGGAGUGGGUAACAUUUAAGCUAAGAGAGCUUGAGCUAGAAAAUUACCACCUGAGAGACUGUAAUCAGCAGCUGUCGGAGCAAAUUGAAGCCCUUCAGGACACAUUGCAAGAUCUGACAACCAUCCCUCCCAUUGAAUCUCUUUGGAGCUGCAACCCUUUGGUGACGAGAGCAUCACUGUCACCUUUGCUGGAAAAGCCAGGCCAGAAUUCCAUGCUGCUUGGGCAGGGUAUCAAGCAGCUGUGUCAGGGUGCGCCUGCCAGAAGUAUUCCUUCUACAGCAAAUAUAGUCUUUGUGGAUGAAGCUGACAUUGAAGAUGAAGCUGAUAAGUUGGUGCUUUCCCAGAACGUGCUGAGGCUCAUCCCGGACCCAAACUGGAAGCCCUCUGUAGACCAGGACAGAUUCCCUGCUGUAAAUUCUGACACCAGUUCAGAGUGCCCUGGUGCCACACUCCUGGACCCACCCGAUGAGACCACAGGGGUCUAUGAAGCCCUGACUUUGCAGUCAUCCCUGGAGGGCCCUGUUAACAUAUUAAAUCAGAUAGGAGCACAGCUGGACAACCCCUCAGAUGAGCUAAGUGACAAGUUUCGCUCCCACAGGCUGGACUCCUCAUCUUCAGGAGAGAUACUGGGUGCCCUUGAUGGCUGUCUCUUGGCUGCAGAGCCAACACUGGAUUUGCCAUCAUCCAUCAAUCCUACACAGCCAAGUCUUCUAGCGAGGGAUGGUUGCCUAGUUAGUAGUAUGACUCUCCCAAAAAUACGGACUCCCAGCAAUCCAAGAGACAGUAUCCAACUGGCCAAGAGACAUUACAGCCAGCCCCAACCAGGGACUAAUCACUUUCAUCGUACAAUGAGCAUAGAGAUCAGCGCCUUCCAGCCCAUAACAGGCUCAUCACUUUGCCAUGUAGAAGUGGAAGAGACAGACAUUGAUGCUGAGCUGCCAGAGAAGAUGGAGACAGAAGGGUGUCCAGUGGGGGAAAAGAUUGGAAAGAGUGAUGGGAGCAAGCAGCUUCCUGCUUCAGGCCAAAAAAAAGCUGAAAGUUGUGGAAGUCUAGUACUAGAUCCAGGAUGCAAACCUCCCACUCCACCACUGCACAGAUUCCCAUCAUGGGAGAGCCGGAUCUAUGCAGUGGCCAAGUCUGGCAUGAGGCUGUCUGAAGUGGCUUUUGGGUGUGACUCUCCCAGCUGCAAUUCAAGUUUUACAUCACAUUCAGCUUCUGGGCCAUUCAUCUGCCUCAUUUAUAGAAAUGUCACGGUGCCAGUCUAUACCACACUUAAGGGGAAAGCUACCCAGAUUAGCAACGUUCCUUUCUUAGAUGAGUCCUCAGGCUCUGAUGACGACUGCAGCUCCCAUGCCAGCUUCAGGACGUCCAAUGCUGGGUCUGAGAACAGGAAAGCCAGCAUGCCAGGCAGCCCUCGUGCAGUGAAACGAGGUGUCUCCAUGUCUUCACUGAGCUCAGAGAGUGACUAUGCCAUUCCCCCAGAUGCUUACUCCCUGGAUGGUGACUAUUCAGAGCCGGAGCACAAACUGCAGCGGACAUCUUCCUAUUCUGCUGAUGGUGGGAUCUGCAAUGAGCCCAUUGAAAAGUCGGGCUAUUUGUUGAAAAUGGGCAGCCAGGUAAAGACAUGGAAGAGAAGGUGGUUUGUCCUGAGAAAUGGACAAAUCAUGUACUACAAGUCUCCGAGUGAUGUUAUCCGCAAACCUCAGGGUCAGGUUGAGCUGAAUUCUUCCUGCCAGAUUGUUCGGGGUGAAGGUUCCCAGACAUUCCAGCUCAUCACUGAAAAGAGAACUUACUUCUUAACAGCAGACUCUCCCAACAUCUUGGAGGAAUGGAUCCGAGCCCUGCAAAGCAUCCUUACAGUGCAAGUGGCCAGCUCUGCUGCUGUCCCUCAUAGUGACGCUAAACCUAUUGUGAAAGGUUGGCUCACCAAGGUGAAACAUGGUCACUCUAAGCUGGUUUGGUGUGCACUGAUUGGGAAAACCUUUUACUACUAUCGAAAUCAUGAGGACAAGUGUCCUCUGGGACAUUUGCAUGUCCGGGAAUCAAAGGUGGAGGAGGUGGACCGCUCCUGUGACUCAGAUGAAGAUUAUGAAGCCACUGGUGGGGGCCUCCUCUCAUCACACUGCACUCUGGUGAUUCAUCCACCAGAUCAGAGUCCCACUUAUUUACUUAUUGGAACCAAACAUGAGAAGGAUACAUGGCUAUACCAUCUGACUGUAGCAGCUGGCAGCAGCAGUGCCAAGGUGGGCACAGCAUAUGAACAGCUCAUUGGAAAACUGCUGGAUACAGAGGGAGACCCCCAUUCUCCACUGUGGAAACACCCAAUGCUGUGCUACAGCAAGGAUGGGCUGCAAACUUCUCUCACGACUCUGCCUUCAGAGGCACUGCAAACAGAAGCCCUGAAGCUCUUCAAGUCCUGUCAGCUGUUCAUCAACGUUCCCGUGGAGGCACCAUCUAUUGAUUACCACGUGUCACUUGCCCAGACUGCUCUGCAAGUCUGCCUGACACACACUGAGCUGCAGAAUGAAAUCUAUUGUCAGCUGGUUAAGCAGACGAGCUGCCGGCACCCCCAGAACCACUCCGUCAUUCAGUGCUGGCAACUCCUGGCUUUGUGUGCUCCUCUCUUUCUGCCUCAGCACCACUUCCUCUGGUAUGUCAAACAACACCUGCAGAGGCAUGCAGAUCCCAGGAGUGAAAUAGGUAAGUAUGCCAUCUACUGUCAGAGAUCGCUGGAGCGCACAUUACAGACCGGAGAGAGGGAAGCUAAGCCUUCCAGAAUGGAGAUUGUGUCCAUUUUGCUGCGGAACCCCUACCACCACUCGCUGCCCUUCAGUAUUCCUGUGCACUUCAUGAAUGGAACCUACCAGGUUGUUGGUUUUGAUGGUUCCUCAACAGUAGAUGAGUUCAUCCAGCGACUGAACCAGGAGACUGGAAUGAGGAAACCCUCCCACACUGGUUUUUCCCUUUUCACAGAUGACCCAUCUGGCAGAGACUUGGAGCACUGCCUCCAGGGCAACAUGAAGAUCUGUGAUGUCAUUGCAAAAUGGGAACAAGCUUUGAAAGAGCUGCAUCCUGGGAAAUAUGAAGGUGGCACAAGAAUAGUGAAACUGACUUAUAAAACCAGAUUGUAUUUUCGAAGCCAGGCAAAAGGUGAGACAGAUCGAGAGCGGUUGCUGCUGGCCUUCGAGGUCAGCAGUGAAAUAGCCAAUGGAAGGUUUCCUGUCAAUAAGGAAUUGGCUCUAGAAAUGGUGGCUUUGAUGGCUCAGGUGGAAUAUGGGGAUUUGGAUCGACCAAUACCUUCAAGUUCUGGAGGUACCUUUCAGUCCAAAAUGCAACACCUGCUCCAACAGGUUUUGGACAAGUUCUAUCCCAAACGCUACAAACAAAAUGUUGUUCCUGAGCAGCUUAGGCGGCUAGCUGACAGACUGGCUACGAAAUGGAUGGUGCUGCAGGGGUGCUCUCCACCAGAAUGCAUUCGAAUUUAUUUGACAGUGGCUCGGAAAUGGCCUCUCUUUGGAGCUAAGAUAUUUGCUGCUAAGCCUAUUUUGCCCUCUCCCUUGGAAGACUUUCCAGUGUGGAUAGCUGUGAAUGAAGAUGGCAUCAGCCUACUAGAUUAUCACACUAUGCACUUAAAGCUCUCUUACUCAUACACUUCUGUGUUCACCUUUGGAGGCUGUCGAGAUGACUUCAUGAUUGUAGUCAGUCAGGUGAAGGACAGCAGUUCUGGAAAAAACAGCAUUGAAAAGCUACUUUUCACCAUGGCAGUUCCGAAGAUCGUUGAGGUGACUCUUCUAAUUGCCAGCUACAUUAACCACUGUGCAUCAUCUUCGCUCCCGUCUCCUGCACCCCCCUCCCUGAGCACACCACGACCUAAAAAGCUAUGGGAGACUGAAAGCCAGUCUGUCUUUCCUUCCAUGCCUCGUACCACCAAAGGGCCUACACUGCUCUGAGUGCUUGUUCUCAGUGCCUUUGGGUUUUAAUCCUUUUUACCAUUUUGCACAAUGCCCCAUACUGAACCAAGGACUGCUGCAAUUUUGGUGGUUUCCUGCCCUGUUUUAAUGCAGUCUCCAGUUCUCUCAUUAACAUGGGAUGAAGUUACUUAGCAUGUCUAGAGGUAAUAUUGAGUCUUUUCUAAAGAACUAGAUUUUGGGAUUCCAUACACUUCCUCUCCAUCCAAAACUAUGUAGCUAAAGCCAUCUUCCAAUCACAUUACCUCUUCACCAACUUUUACACUCCUCCCACAUCAUGUUCAAACUGCUCUUUGUCUCCUCCCAUUCUUAACCUUGCACCUUCUCCCAGGUUUUCCCAUGCCAAGAAGUUGCCUACAACUUCUUAGAUGCCUAGUGAUCUCUCUUCCUUAACAUAUUCCUCUUUAGAAGGCAGAAUAGAGUGGCACAAUGGGCUUUUAUACACAUACUUUCUUUUCCCCAAGAUGCACCGGAGAUCCACCGCUUCAGAACAGAGUCAAUUAAUCAAGUCUGCCCCGCACGUGAGCUUAGGCGAACUGUGCUGUGCCACAUGCAGUUGUAUAAGUGGCAAAAUGCACGUCAGCA